GUUCCUUAUAAAUAACGGGUUUAACUAUUUUUAAUCAUAUGAAUUAAAAUAAAAGAAUAUAUUUUGAUAUUUCGCGCUCGUUGAUAUAUAAUUUGUAGCCAACACGUUAAAAUAAUUAAACAUGUAAAAUUCGUGACCUGUCACUUUCACUUCCGGAAGCAGCCAAGCUUCAGCUCUAUGGCAACGUCAUCCGUGCUGCGCAUGCGCGUCUUCGCCUGUUUUGGCGUUUAUGUUCGUGUGCGUGUGCCUGAGUCUGCUCUACCGAACCGAGCUAGCGCGUUUGUUCCGGUUCCGACCCGCAGAGGCGCGCGAGAUGGCGGCGGCCCCAAACUCGAGCCCGAGCUCGAACCCAGGCCGCAGCUCGGGUUCCGGCUCAGGCUCAGGCUCUAGCCCGGAGGACGCCCACCGGCCCGCUUCGGCCGCGGCUCUGGCGAGUGACGGAGACCCGGAGGAGGCCGAGCAGUUCUCGUCUGCGCUGCACUGUUCGGAGCUCGCGCGGCGCCAGAACGAGCAGCGUAAGCUCGGGCUCUUCUGUGACGUCACGCUGGCGUUCAGUGGCGGCGGCGGCGGAGGAGGAGUAUUAGUGGGAGAGGGCGCGGGCAGCGCGGGGUUCGAGCUCGGCGCGCACCGGUCUGUACUCGCGGCCGCCACUGAUUACUUCACCCCGCUGCUCGGGGGCCAGUUCUCUGAGUCCGUGUCGCGGCGCGUGGAGAUGAAGGAGUGGAGCAGCGAGGCGGGGCCCGAGCGCGAGACUGUCGAGGGCGUCGUGCAGUUUAUGUACACCGGAGAGAUCCGGGUCAGCACGAGCAACGUGCACGAGGUGCUGGAGCUCGCGGACAGGUUUCUGCUGGUGCAGCUGAAAGAGUUCUGUGGCGAUUUCCUGAAGCGGAAGCUGAGUCUGGCGAACUGCGUGGCUGUGCACAGCCUGGCACACAUGUACACGCUGGAUCAGCUGGCUCUGCGCGCUGCUGAAAUGAUACGUCGCAACUUCCACAGAGUGAUCCAAGACGAUGAGUUCUACACGCUCCCGUUCCACCUAGUGCGUGACUGGCUGAGCGACGCAGAGAUCACCGUCGACUCUGAGGAGGUUUUGUUUGACGCUGUCGUCAAGUGGGUGCAUCGGGGCACAGAGGACCGUGAGAGACACUUUGAGGAGCUUUUCCGCCUCCUUAGGCUGCCCCAGAUCAAGCCCACUUACCUGACGAGGGUGGUGAAGAAUGAGCCGCUUGUGUCGAGGAAUGAGGCAUGUCUUAAACUCGUUUCGGACGCUGUGGAAAGUCACGCUAUCCGUUUUGAGAACCAUAAAAAGUCAGCAUCUGAUUCUGAGUUCUGGGCCGCUUUUCAGCCCCGAUUUGGACAAAACAUGGAUGUCAUCAUGGUAGUCGGCGGCGUUUCAGAAGGGGGUGACUACUUGAGUGAGUGUGUUGGGUAUUUUGUGUACGAAGACCGUUGGGUGAACCUUCCCCACAUCCACAAUCACCUCGACGGCCACGCAAUUGCAGUUACGGAUUCGUAUGUCUACGUUGCAGGAUCGAUGGAGCCCGGAUUCGCCAAAACUGUGGAACGAUACAAUCCGAAUCGCAACACUUGGGAGCAAGUGAGCAAUCUCACGACGCGUAAGCACUCGUUUGGCCUGACAUGCGUCAAAAAUAUCCUCUAUAGCAUCGGAGGCCAUGGGAAUUUCAGCCCAGGGUUCAAGGAUGUGAGCGUUUACGAACCAGAGCAGGACAAGUGGCACAAUUUGGAAUCUGCCCCGAAAAUCUUGCGUGAUGUGAAAGCGAUCAGCGUCGAAGAUCGCUAUGUUUACGUAACAGCGAGGACGCCUGUGGAUACAGACAACGAUGAUGGCCUCAAGACAGUUACAACACGCUACGACACAGAGAGCCGCCAGUGGCAGGAAGUUGAUUCUUUACCCCUAAUAGACAAUUACUGCCUCUUCCAGAUGGCAGUGGCAUCCACAAAUUUUUACCACACUGCAUCCUGCUGUCCGAGAAGCUACACAAACGUCCGAGACGAAGCCGCACGACAGAAAAUAAGUGCCCGGAUCUCGGAUGAGAUCCUUGAAAGCCUGCCACCAGAGGUCACCAGUGUUGAAGGGGCUGCCGUGUGCUUUCUUGGAGAUGACGUGUUUGUCAUCGGUGGCUGGAAAAACAGCGACGACGUGGACAAGCAGUAUCGCAAAGAGGCGUACCGGUACUGCGCUGAGAGGAAACGGUGGAUGCUGCUUCCUCCGAUGCCGCAGCCUCGUUGCCGGGCGACUGCCUGCCACGUCAGAAUCCCCUACCGCUUCCUGUAUGGUUGCCAGAGGUAUCCGAUGCCACAGAAUUUGGCACGACAGCGAGAUCGGAUGCAGCAGAUGCAGCAGCUUCACCGGCGCACACUUACCCUACGCAGGCAGCUGCAGUCCCAGAUUGAGUGCUGAAGGAAUAAGCAGUGUUUUGGCAGUGUUUGUGGGUACAAGCUGAAGGAAGAGCAUCAUCUCUUAGCCAAGUAGCGAUGAGGAGCCAAAUACGAAUAUGUUUAACAUCUUAUGGUCCAGCUUUCUUCUUUUCAUCAAGGAAACAAAGGUCGCAGCUUUGAUGUGAUGAUAAUCUGCCAUUUUCAGUGCUCUUGUGUAUAUUUAUUUAUUGACUUUUUUGGUUUUACAGUGAGAGCAUCAUGAGAGCUGAAGGCAUGUUAAACUGCUGUGUAUUGGGUUCAGUGUGAAACUCCACCAGUGGGUGACGGCAAACACUGAGCCAUAAAUAACAUUCCAAGAAUGGGAGUUUAAUGCGUGUUGUGUGUCUGUAUGUUUGUGCCAUGCUGGUCAUAAAGACUGUCCGAUAUAUUGAUCUUGUCACUUUAAGGAGCUAAAAAUUGUUAAAAUUCUUAAAAUUACAUGAGAUUUAGGGGAACCCAUAAACAACAAUGACUAAACAUCUAAACUUAGCUGGAGGUUUUUGCUUUGAGGUCAAGAGGUGGUGAGCUUAAAUUCUGAUUUCUCUGACAAUUAAUCGCAUUCAUAUACAGCAUCACUUCCUGCAAGUGGGUAGGCCCACCCCCCUAAAGCAUCACACACAAAUGCAUUUUUUAAUGAUGAAAAAUGUAAAAAAAUAUAUAUAUAUAUUGCUGUUUGCAAUUAUUCUGGAACAAAAUAUCAGCUUUUCUUUGUUAGUGUUUCCGCUAAGCACGUUAGUUUAUGUAUGUUGUAUAAUGUAUAGGAAGAUGUUCCAUAAUUAACUAUAUAAUUUUAUUCUAUUUUUAUAUGUCUGAUAAUCAAUAAGGCCCCUAGAGGGCAAUGAAGAGCCAACACGAGUACACUUUUGGUUAUAUUCGCACAGGAACGCAGUUCAUCCAUGUUGUCAUUGAAAACGAUUUUUUCUUUUUUUUUCCUUUUUACUGUACACAGUCCAAUCAUUAUAUGAUCCUGGAAUGAUUGUCAGACAGGUGUUUUAAUGUUCAUAUUUAUAUAUAUACACCCACACACAGAGUUUUCCAGUAACUGACAGGUCAUUGGAGGAAAACGGACUACUAGUAUAAACGUAGUAUCCACUAGAAAGUGCUGCACCGUGGCAGCACCAUAGAACCCUGAAUACGCAUACACGCACUUCAGUUUCUAGCUUGAGUCGUUUGUGGAAGAUCUGUGUAAACUGUAUGCACUCUCCAAGCUUUGAGUAUUUGAGGGGAUUUUCUUUCUUUUCUUGAGCGUAUGAUAAGGGGUGGGAUUUGUACACAGGAAGUGGUGAAGCGUAUGUAUUGUGUGUGUGUUAUAUAACGUACAGGAAGGAACUAUUGCUCCUGAGGUCACCUGUAAAGUUCGUAUUUAUUCUAAGUGUUGUUCAUUUUAUGUAAUCCUGUAUGAAGUCAGCUCGCUUCUGUUUUUGCCUUAUUUUUACCAGACCUGUUUAAUCACCUUCAGGGUCCGGGUUCGAUUCCCGGUCAGGCUCGAUUCCUGUCUCUUUGUGCAUGUUCUCCCUGUAUUUGGUGGGUUUCCUCUAGGUAUUUCGGUUUCCUCCCACAGUCCAAAGAUAUGCAGGUUGGGCUGUUUGCCGUUCCCAAAUUGCCCAUAGUGUGGGAAUGUGUGAGUGUGUGUGUGUGUGCCCUGCGAUGGAUUGGCACCCUGUCCAGGGUGUACCCCGCCUCGUGCCCUAAGCUUCCUGGGAUAGGCUCCAGGUCCCCGCGACCCUGAAUAAAGGAUAAAGCGGUAUAAAAGAUGAGUGAGUGUUUAAUCACAAAGAACCAGCAUCGCCAUCAGUAAUGAGCUGCUUUGCUCUGAGGCAAUCAUGCAUUUUUUUUUGCUUUUUAUAUAUAUAUAUAUAUAUAUAUAUAUAUAAUAAUCUUAAUUUAUAUCAUGAUGAUGUUAAAAAUGUUUUGUAUUAAGUUUUUGACGAAAUGACCAAAAUGUUUCAUCUUUUCAUCUUGCACUUUGCCACAUUCAUUAUUUGCAUGUUUUUUUUCAUUUCCUCACUGGUUUCUAAACAUGAAACUUAAGCACUUUUAAGCAGACUUGGCGUCUUAAUCAUUAGUGGUACUUGUUCACUACUACUACUAUCAGCAUAGCAAUCACUGUGUCUGGAAGUUAGCAAGCUAGCAGACGAGGUGACUUUUUAUUUUUCACUUCUUUCCUGUUCUAGUCAGUAAACCAAUCUGAGCCUUUAAAGGUAAAGUUAGAAGGACCCUUCAGCACGAUGAGGGUGUUAAACACCGAGCAGAAUGCAGUACAGAGUUUAAGCAACAAGGCGUCGAUAAUUAAUUGUGGGUUAACGGCAUUCUAUUAUAUGCUAGUGGUAAUGUUUUUAUUUUCUACCUCAGUGCUUUCUCACGCUGUGUGUAUUAAUGUCAGUGUGCAUUACAUCGAUACGAAAGGAAAGGAAAUCCCCAUUGUCUCGUUAACAUUAACAAAGGUUUUGCAAUAAAAAAGGCAUUCAGUUACAAGAUAAAGCCUCCGUUACCACAAAAAAAAAUCUUAUUAUAAUGAAAAAAGCUUAUUACAAGACAAUGUUUUGUUUCUAUGAGAUGGAAGAGAUGUUUUCUUGAAAUUUAGAGCGGUGAAUUAAACCCGGACUUUUGAGCCGUAUUAAGUCGAUUUAGGGGCAUUGUAAUAUUCCAUUCGAUCUGAUGGCUCUAAUAUAAAGUAUUUAUAAAAGCGGUUUGUGUUAUCUGCAAAUGCUCCUAGUGUUUUUUAAGCAAUUCAUAAAUUUUAGAUUAUUUGCAAGUUGAUAAAUAAUUUAAGAAGUAAUCUGAAUCGUACACAGCAUCACUCCGGGCAAGAGAUUGGUCCUGCCCCUAAAAUGUGAAACAUAUAUAGAGCGAAUUUUGAGCAAAAAGCAUGAAUCGAUUCUGAGUCAAAAAUGACUUUUAAUGGAACUAACAAGUUCUUGAAUCAGUUUUUUUGAUUAAAUAACUUGUACUUGUUCGAUUCAGUUAAGUGAAUCAACUAUCUAAAGAACCAAUAAACUGUAUAAUCGAUUAAAUCGGCCCAGCAUAAAAUAACCAGACGUUUUCCUGAGGUAAAAAAAAAUUGUCACAUAAUGAGGAAUUUUUUUCCUUCUUUUUUGUAUUCCUUGACGCUUUUCUACGUAGUGUCUUGUGUAAAUGUGUGUGUGAAGCAUCUUUCCUUCCAUUUUUUUUUUAUUUUUUUUUUAUGUGUUUGGUGUAAUCAAGAUAUCAAUCAGCUCAUGGCUGUUUUUCAUGUAACUAUUUUUCAUCUCUCAGUGAUUGCAAAUAUUAUUUACAUUCCAUCCAUGUGUGUUUGUGUGUACGCAUCCACACUUUUUUGGCAUUUAAAAUGUUUAUUUAAAUCAUGAGUAACACAGAAUUCUAAUAUUUUUGGGGGGUUUUUUUUACGGACGUUUUUUUUUUUUUUACAAUUUAAAAGUUUAUGAAGGUUUUGAUAAAAAAAAAAUUACUUAAGAUACUCAAAGUCUUAGACGACAGGCCAGAAGUUAUGUAUUCCAUGUUUUUUUUUUUUUUUUCUUGUAAUCUCAACCUGACAAAAUACAAUUUUGCGAGUGUCAAUUAUGAAAGAAUACGACUUUUUUACUUUGGGCAUUAGAUAUCAGUGCCCCCUUAAAAAUAGUUGAUUAGUUCUGUACCAAGUGUCUUGCUGUAGCUACAUGUGGCUGGAUGGCACCGAUUGCCGUGAGUAUUAAACGUUAAAAAUCUUAAUCUUGAUUAAGAUUCCCAGCCAGGCUUGAUUCCUGUCUCUGUGUGCAUGGAGUUUGCAUGUUCUUCACAUGCUUGGUGGGUUUUCCUCUGUGUACUCUGGUUUUCUCCCGCGGGCUAAAGAGACAUAGGUUAGGUUAAUUGGUGUUCUCAAAUUGCCCAUAAUGUGUAAAUGUGUGUGUCCUGCGAUGGAUUGGCACCCUGUCCAGGGUGUACCCCGCCUUGUGCCCCAAGUCUCCUGGGAUAGGCUCCAGUCCCCCCGCGACCCUGAAUGCAGGAUUAAGCGGUAAUGACUUUAAUUGAGUGAGUAAUUACUUGGUAACUUGAUUAACACUUGUUAGCAAGCUGUAUGGCACAGUUUGUCAGACCAAACAGUUUGCCAACUUUUGGAGAUUGGUUAAUUGGUUAACAAUUGGGAAAUAAUUUAGUUUGUUGAUAAAAUGAAAUUUGUUAACUUGGGAUUACAAGACAAGAGAGUAACUCAUGAUUAGUGAGAUUUAAGUAGUAUUGUUAUGUUCGUGAAUGUUAUGAUUAAUUAUUGGUUCAUCCUAAGCCACAAAUACUUCUUUCAAGUCUCCAUGUGCUGAUAUUGUGAGCUACGUCAAAAUGCACAUACCUCUAGCGUCUCUGAAACCUUUUACACUCCAUCUGAAGUAACCGAGCUUGUGAGAGAAUCAUUCUGCGUUCUGUGAUCUAACUAAUGCACUACACUGACUUUAUUAAGACUUUGGGAUUGAUGUAUGUCUCCUGCUACGGUGAACAAGUCCAAAGAACUUCUUGUCUGUGCGAAAAGUCUAAAAAGUGUGCGUGUAUGUGUGUGUUCGAAAGAAAUGUUCGAAGCCAGCCUAAAUGUGCCAGAUAUGUUUAAAUAUUAAAUAAAAAAUAAAAGUUACAA